UGCUCUCACACCGAACGUGUCUAGGUCGUAGGUCAGUUCCAGUGCCGGAUCGCUGAAAAUGGGGCUGCUGCUGCUGCACGUGGGGCUUUUAUUUUUGAUGUUCUCCGCCUUCAGUUGUUCGGUUAGAAGUGAAGAUGCUCAGGACUUGUUCGUGCAAAAUCCUGAUUCCGAAUGGGAGAGAAUGGAGACCGAGAUACAUAAAGAAGUAAUGCCAGCUCGGGCACCUAAGCGUAAACUCGGGCGGGGUUCAGUGACCGGUCAACAAAGAGCACAUGCGCCUGGGACGCAUUAUUUGAUUGUGUCCGGCGCCAACGAGCAGAAUGUUGACUUCGAACCUGGACAGGGUGCUAGACCUCUCCCGAGCUCAGCUGCUGGCAUUUUACUUGGUCAUCCACCCAACGCGCUUCAGGCUGAACGCAUUAGAGAUCCAAAACGGCUGGUUGAAAUCCUGUGUCACGUCGACCGAAUGUAUGUGCGAAUUAAGCGGGAAGUCUUUAAGACUGUAGACGCAUACAAGUAUUUGAAGCUCGGCACGUGUCCUGUUAACGCGGCCACCGGCGUCCAUUACUACCUUCUGUAUCUGUUGGUCACGGACUGUGGAUUCAAGCAAGAGAGUAAACCAGAUUUUGUGCACAUCAGCAAUGCGCUCACCUAUGAGCCCACCACUCCAGUUGUAAGGGAGAUGCCCUUUACGAUUCCCCUGCUGUGCAAAUACCCCAGGUACUUUUACUCGUAUCAAACUGGUUUCCAUCCCAAACUUCAAGGAGGCACAAUUUUCAAACCCCUUGACCUUAUGAACAGUUUAACCCUGACCGCUCAAGACGCGAUGGGGAACGCGAUUCCUGGUUCUAAAACCUACACUAUGGGCGAGUUGAUGUACUUCGAGGCCAAGCAACCACAGAACUCUGGACAGAAGCGGCUUUACAUCAACAAGUGCUUCGUGACCGCCUCUCCAAACCCCACUUCCAGUCCUUCCUACACGCUCAUUGACAACCAAGGCUGUAUGAUUGAUGGCAAAGUGUCUGCCACGUCGGCGUUUCUCACCGGUGCCUCAAAGACUUCACUGCGAUUCAGAGUGACCGCCUUCAUUUUCAAAGACGCGGUCUCCUCCUCGUCUUCAACACAGAAACUCUACAUGCACUGUGAGAUCGCUGUGGGGCCGCAGACUGCAACGCCGGCCUUGAAGGCGUGCAACUACGACGCAGCCUCUGCAGCGUGGAAAGGGCUGUAUGAUGACGAUGACUCUGUGUGCACCUGCUGCAACUCGACCUGCCCCUCAGUUCAGCCUAGAGCUUCAAAGAGGAUGACCUUGAGUAAUUCCUGGAAUGUUGACCUAAGUGAAGAGGAGGCAGUGGAGACACUCACUGGAGUGAGUUUAGAGGACCCAUACUCACCGGCGCAGGAAGACUUUCUAACCUACUGGGAGCAUGAUUUCCAAAAAUAAUCAAUUUAUUUAAAUAAAGUCACUUUCUUGUA